UAAGCCAUAAAGCUUUAUGGUCAAGUUCGAUCUUCUUGCUAAGUGGGGCAUGCAGCGGGCAUACAUUGAAAAUAGCAUGGAGAGAAGAGUUUUGUUUGGUUGGCAGUGACUUCUCCUGAUAUACCGGAGAGAAAUUAAUGAAUAGUGAAAAAGUAAUGUAAAAAAAUAAUACAAGGAAGAGCAAGUCUAAAACUGGAAGAGACCAGUAGCGAUGCAUGGUGAUGGCCUCCCGCAUAUUAAGGUUGAAGGCAAGACUACAGGAACGCUACGAUAAGCUUAAACCCCGUAAACCGGGACUCAUGCAGGGCGCUUGUAAGUUGGAUUAAGACAUAUUAAGAGGCGGUAUCUAGUGGAGGGCACAGGUGAAAAUAGACUUCUAGUUACAGUUUCUCAGAUUACCUAUUUGACGGCUAAUCUGAGAAAUCACCACAAACCUGACAGACCUGUGUGGUCGGGAAGAGCGUAUUACACCAAUUUAAGUCCUCAUACCUGUCAGUUUUAUCACCCCAGCAGCAGUCACCAGUAGCGGAAAAAUGUAACCACAUCUGGCGACGUAUGAGUAAAAAAACAUGUAUUCCAUAGGAAGGAAAAACUUAAGUGUAUGGUUUUGUUUUUGUCUUUAUCUGAGCGUGGAAAUCCGUGUUGUCGUCGUUGUUUAUCACUGUCUAACCUCAACCGUCCCUCCCGCCAGACGUACAGUAGGGCAUUAUCCCAUUAGAGGUAGCCGCGAGGAUCUGGAGACCGUGUAAUUUCACAUUGAAAAGCAUUGUGAUUUGUAGCUUUGUCGUCAGUUGGUAUCAUCUUGCCGCAUACUUGUGACGUAAGGCACUCGGAUGGCUUCAGUUUUCUGUGUUAGCACAUGGACUCAUUCUCGUUGAAUACUGGUAACUCUCACAGACGAACUGAGGAAUUCUUAAUUCGACAGCUGUACUGUUUUCAGGGAUAAAAAAGAAAUGAUACAUCACAGACACGCUUUCAUGGACGCUUAACAAAGCUUAGCUGUGUAAAGCACCCCAGAGGAGGAAAAGAGUGUUUGCUUUUCUAUUGGUCGAUCAUCUAAGCAAACGAACUCAAACUAUUCCAUCCAUGGUUGUCAGACAAUUUCUUUCAACUGGAAUAUAGCGAUUGCUAUCGGGUAGAAACUUUUGAACCAUGGAAGUACCCAAGGUGACUCUAUCACUGGACUUAGACGAGGAUUCUGUUUGUGAUGAUGAUGUAUUUGAAGAGUGCGAAUUCAUUGAAUUGCCUGUAAGAUUUCAGAAAGACCAUAAAGACUAUUGCCAAAGUUACCAUAAUCAACAGAAUGACGAAGGGGUUGUUGUGGACAUCUCAAACCAAAGCCAGGACAUCGACGUUGCUCUGAGAUGGCUCAGGCAAGAAUUAACAAAAAUUCGCCAGCAGGACCAAGACAUCGCUAAUCAGUUUCUAAAGAUCCAGUUAACAAUUCAGCACAUAAAGGACAGGAAAAGCGAGUUGGAGAGGAUUCCCAGCGCCAAGGACAGCACGUCGUCCCUGGACGAGUACCUUCUCCAGUCUUCCUACACCAGGUUAUCUCCUACGUCUGAGGACUUCUUCCGUCUUCGCUCCAAUACCAUAUCCCGCCUGCAGGGACGCUGGAGGACAAAGUCGAGGACCAGUGCGCUUGUCGAAAACUCAUAAAGUAGGGUACUGUGCAACGAGGGUCAUAACUCCCGGAUCUCAUUAUCGUUUAUUUAUAUAUUUAUUUAUAUUUUAUUCUCUGCGCCAGGAUUGGUGGCAUGGCUGUUAAACAAAACUAAAUGGGAGGAAUGAAAUGCCCGUUGACACGUAAGUUCUAGGUGAAAAUGGCAUACAAACCGACCGAUUACAGUGUGAUGUUUUUCAAAGCAGCCAAUUAUUUCAAAAUUAUUUGAAAAGUCUGAGAUACAUUAUGGUGAGGCAUAAUGUUGGUGCUUUUCAAAAGCGCACUUACCAUAAUUGACGUGAAUUAUGAAGGACAUCGCUGAGUGAUGACCGGUAAUUUAACCAGGAUCAACAUGUCAGACAUUCUUUUAACCUCAAGGACAAG